AUGAAAAAGGAAAAGUUUAAGUUUUAGAUAAGCAAAGACAAGGAAGUUAAGUUGAUGAAGCACAUUCUUUCAGACAUCGAGGAGGAGGAAAAAGCCACGGGAGAUAGAAACUAGUUCGUGACUACAUCUGAGGAUAACACACAAAUCAUCAAAUAACCAAUGACUCUCAAUGAACCUAAAAGUGCCCCAAAGUUAGGGAAUAAAAAGUUCAGAUAACCUGGGGGGUCGGAUGAUAAGAAAUUAUAUAAAAAUAAUGUAAGCUCCUAGCCUAGCCAAAGAGGAGAAAAAAGUUCAGCUAAAAAUAUCGAAGGCAAAUUAAAUGGGAAACUCAUGCAGUCAUUUACUGUUGAAUCAAACUUAAAAUCCAGUAGUAAUACUAACUCUAAUAAUAAUAAUACUCCAGCCACAGGAAACUCUAAAUCUCUUGCAGGUAAUUCAAUGGGUGGAGUGGUGAAUAUUAAUAUCAGCAGCGGAGGAGGGGUUGCCAAUCGGAAAUACAAUGGCAGUUCUGGAACAGUAGGCAAGCAGCAGUGGUCUAAUGAAAUAUCGUUAAAUAAUACGUCAAAGACUUAAAAGUCUAUUGAAUCAAAUUUUAUCUCUAAUACCAUCUCUGCCAAGAGAAAAAGAUCUAUUCUUGAGUAGCAACAAAGGACUGGAUAGACUGCCUAAUUUUCAAUUUCAAAAAUACAAAAUAUACCGUUGACAAAGGAUUCAAUAAGUCUGUCCAGCUCGUUUCAUGCCUAGAAUUAAACUCCGCUAGACGAGCAGUAAAUAAAUUCUAACAGAGUAAGAGCAAGUUUAAGAAGUAUACAAUAGUCAAAUAUUGACUUGAAAAUUCGCACCAACAUUGAUGAUAACUAUGAGAUUCACUCCACUUCAUCAAAAAGCAUUGAAAAGGGAAGAGCUUUUAACCUUCAGAAUAUAUCAAGUCUAGGAUACUCUGGAUUUCCUUAAUCCAAUCAUGAAGCAGGUGGUGUGGUCGUAUAUCAGCGUGAUAGCAAUGCAGGAAUAAGUGAGGAUGAUCCUAUUAAUAAAUUUCUAAAUACAUAUGACAAGGAAUAUUCUAUGUUUUUUGAACGCAUUGAUAAAAUAAAGAAGUCCAAUUCCAGAGAAAGGGUUGCUAACAGUAGUAGUGUUGAAAACAAAAAUCAAAAUCACAAAUCUUUUUUACUAGGAUCCUAUAGGAUGAGAUAAAAUUAAAACGACAUAAUCUAAUCAGAUCAUAUUAGGAAUGAUGCGAUGAGGGAUUUUGGUGGGAGAUCUGUACUCGAACAACGAUUGGAUAAGAUAGUUGAGAGUGACGAAUAGUAGCCAUAGAUUCCAUCUUCUGGUAGAAUACUGAGAAAUGCGAGCAGGCAGUAUCAGUUCUUGAAUCCAUCUAACAACUUUGUGGAAUAAAAUGAUUAAAAAAUGUCUUAGUCUCCCUCAUCGAAUGAGGAAAUACUAUUUAUAGCUGAUCCAGAAAUUUAAUCUAAAUACGGAAAUAACAAUAAGAUUCAAUGGAGAAAGCACAAUAAAAAAGAAGAGGAAAAAAAAUCUAGCAAAAGUAUUGAAAUUCUAUAGAGAAUAAUUGGAAAUACUGAAUAGUAAAAAUAUGCGAAAAAUUAGAGUGAUAGAGAUACUCUGGUAACUGCUCUUAGUAGUCAAAGAGCAUCAUUUAAGACAAUUGGGCAUAAUUCAAAAGGAAGUCCGGCUAAGACUCAAGGCAAUAAUGCUAAAAUAGAAUUGAAACAAGGAGCAUCAAGUAGGUUGAGCCAAGGCUCCAACUAUCAAAGCAUUUAUGAACAGCCUAUCUAUAUAAAUCUCGUAAAUGAAAAUAGAGAUCUCAAACUGUAGAAUCUUGUAAAUAUAGCAUAUGAUAGAAUUUAUUUUUAGGAGCUAAGAAAACUUUUGAGCUAGCAAUCAUUACAAAGAGAUCAAGAUGUUCACUAAAUUACACUUCGAUAAGAGUCAUAAAUAAACGAGUUAAAAGGGCAUUAUGAAUAAGUUAUAUUAGGAAAAGAAAAUGAUCACAUGUAAUAGCAAGGAAGAUUGUAAUAGUACUGCACCUAACUUGAAGAUAUGCUUGAAGAAUCUGUAGCAAUGAUUCAUCAAUAGAAUAUUCAAUUUCAGUAGUAAUUUAGACAGUUUGAAAAUGAUUAAAACCUAAGACUUAGUAAUCCCACUCAGCAUCAACACCAAAAGCUGCACAUCAGUAUGUAUAAUGUAAAUUAAAUGCCUUAAAUGAGCCCGAAUUUGAGUAACUGGAUGCGAGUUAACAAGUAGAAAUUCUUAUUUUCCCCAGGAUUAUCUUCGCUUCAUUAAUCUACAAAUUAAGAUGUUUAAACUUCCUCGCUUAAUAUGAUAAACUAAGUUAUUUCGAUGGAGGAUCAGAAUUUCAAGCAAAUGGCAAGAUCAAAUUAAGAAUACUACAAAAAUAGUAAGAUGCUCUCAAAGCUUCUUUAGAGGACUGAUCUAAGUUCGAAUCCCUUAAAUAUGAUUACCAAGUCAGGAACAUAUGCAUCUCCAAAUAAGCAUGAUAGUCAUUUCUCACCAUAAAUUAUGAACAAUAAUGAAAUCACUUUGUCAAAUCCAGAAUCAACCAGCCCAAUAAAUUAUCCGAUUGAGGACAACAUGCAAAAUAUAGAAGAAAAUCAGCUGAGUUCAUAGAAUUCUAAUAUGCAAAUACAAUCAACUUAUUAAAUGGAGUAAUAAGAGACUUACCCGAUGUAUAACUACUAUCAAAAUUAUCCGAUAAUUGAAGAGAAGGUGGAAACUGAAUAGGAUGACGAUGUUCGAAAUCCUUCAUUCCGAAAAAGGUCCAAUAACAACAGCACCUCACAUGAUUUCGAGAGAGAUGAAGGAUUUUAAGUCUACCAGCCCUAUUAAGAGGUAUCCCCCCAAAAGCAUAUAAAUGAGAAUUAGUCUAUGUCUAUCAAAUCUAGUAAUUAUGUUUAAGAUGAUAGUAUACUCUACAGAAUUAAAAAUAAUCUCGAGCAAAAUCAAACUAAAGUCAUAUCAAAUUCAGCUUAAAAAGAUAAAAAGCAGUUUAGUAAUCACAACAAUAUAAACAUGCCUCGAGUGUAUAAUAAGAGCACUCUGUAUAGGAAUGAGUCUAACAACAUAUACUAAAAUAAGAAUAAUCCAAAGUAGACUCAUCAUCACUAUGUUGCUCCAUAGCUUUAGUAAAAUAGAUUCUUUAUUGACACUUGCUCAGAUGAUUCCACGAUUCAAGAAGAAGCACCAAUAAAUGACAGUAAAAUAAAUGUAGGCGAUUACAACUCGAUUAAAUGGAAUCAGUAUUAAGUUGAGAUGCAUGUCUAAGAUUUGAUCUCUUAAAUUGAAAGCUAUCUUACAAGCAGUGAACAAUUUGACGGGGAAUCAACUCAUGGAGGUAAGAUACAGUUAGUAUCUAAGUAAAAUUCACUCAAAAGAUCAGCUGGAAAUUAAAAUAAUAUCUAGCUACAAGAUCUUAAAGGGAAUAAGUAGAAGUUGACGUUAUAAAUACAAUAACCCUCAGACCAAGAAUUUGAUCUUUCCCAAAAUAACUCAGUUUUGCACAACAUUGAUCAUGUCCUUUUGUCAGACAGUUUGAAGUAGAACAAAAAUCUAAAUGACUAGCUUCUUAAAAACAAGUAGAUUUUUAACUUUGGAUUUUAGAAUUAAAAGAAACCCAAACGGACUAAAGAAUAGAAGAUGAAGGGACUAAAAUCUAAUGCCUUACAGCUCAGAUAAUCUCUUGAGAGUUUCAAGUAGAAGCUAAAUCUUAUGAUAGUCAGACAAAGAAUGGAUAGUAGUUAAAAAUAAGGGAACAAAAUAGACGAGAAAAGUUAAUGA